AUUCCUAUGUUGUCUAGUUUUAUGUUUAUGCAAAGAAUGUGAGCAAAUGACAAAGUUGGUCAACCAAGAAUCCACAAAACCACUGUCACUCACUCACCAACUUCUCCGGCUAUGGACACUAGCUCCGGCGGCGGCGCGUGCCACGUGGUGGCGGUACCGUAUCCGGGAAGAGGACACAUCAACCCGAUGAUGAACCUGUGCAAGAUCCUCGCAUCACGAAGACCCAACCAGAUCCUCAUCACGUUCGUGGUCACCGAGGAGUGGCUCGGCUUCAUCGGCGCAGACCCCAAGCCGGACGCAAUCCGUUUCGCCACCAUCCCCAACGUGAUCCCGCCGGAGCGCGAGAGAGCCGCCGACUUUCCCCGCUUCUACGAAGCCGUCAUGACGGAGAUGGAAGCCCCGGUCGAGCGGCUUCUCGAUCAACUCGACCCGCCGCUGACGGCGAUCAUCGGAUGCGUCGAGCUGCGGUGGCCCAUCGCGCUAGCCAAUCGGAGGAAUAUUCCGGUGGCAGCGUUUUGGACGAUGUCGGCGUCGUUUUACUCCAUGUUGCAUCACCUUGAUGUCUUUGUACGACACAGGCAUUUGACACUUGAUAAGCUGGGUGAACAAGCAGAAAACAUCCCAGGAAUUUCUUCAGCUCAUUUGGAAGAUCUUCAAACCGUACUUCGUGAAAAUGAUCAACGAGUCUUGCAGCUUGCAUUGGAAUGCAUUUCCAAGGUGCCCACAGCUAAUUAUCUUCUACUCACUACUGUCCAAGAGAUAGAAGCUGAAAAAAUUAAUUCCCUGAAAGCUAUAUUCCCCUUUCCAGUAUAUCCCAUUGGCCCUGCAAUCCCUUACAUAGAACUGGGAGAAAACUAUUUGUUGAACACUUGCAACAGCCAUGACUACAUGAACUGGCUAGAUUCGCAGCCAGCUGAAUCAGUUUUGUACAUUUCUUUGGGUAGUUUUCUUUCAGUGUCUAAUACCCAAAUGGAUGAAAUUCUGGAAGCACUAAACAGUAGCAAGAUUCGUUACCUUUGGGUGGCCCGUGGUGAAGCUUCGAGGUUGAAAGAGAAGUGUGGAGAUAAGGGCUUGGUGGUGCCAUGGUGUGAUCAAUUGAAGGUGUUGUCCCAUGCUUCCAUAGGUGGAUUUUGGAGCCAUUGUGGGUGGAAUUCAACUCUGGAAGCUGUUUUUUCUGGUGUACCAAUGCUGACAUUCCCUCUUUUCUUGGAUCAAGUUCCAAAUAGCAGCCAAAUAGUGGAUGAGUGGAAGAAUGGGUGUAAGGUGGAGAUAUCAGAGUUGGUAGGUGAUGUGGUUGUGGGUAAAGAAAAGAUAGAAGAGAUAGUUAAGAGGUUCAUGGAUCUUGAGAGCCAUGAGGGAAAGAAAAUGAGAGACAGAGCAAGAGAACUCAAGGUUAGUUGUCAUGGAGCAAUUGGCGAAGGGGGAUCCUCCGAUGGGAACCUGGAAGCAUUUAUCGGAGAUAUUUCAAGGCCCCUGAUGCAUUAAGCAGCUGGCUCUCAGUAACAAAAUAAAUCAAUGAAUCAUCAUUUAUGAUUCGUAGAUAUUCGCAUAAUGCAGACACCCAAUUAACACACAAAUUGAGAAAUGAAGAGAAGAGAAAUAAGUAAUGAAUUUAUUGUAUGAUGAAUGUGAUAAAAAAAAAGAGGUAGAGAGAAAAAUAGGAUGUCGCUCUGUUUGGGUGUCUAAGUAUUAUCAGUGAUAAAUUAACAGUGUGAAGGGUAUUGUAAUUCCAAUGUAAGGAUGAUAACAUUGUAAAAUGCCAUGGAACUGCAAUUGAAGUGCUCUAUGUCCUUGUACUAUUAGCAAUUUGAGAUCUGCAGACCGCAGCAUUAUGUGUAGUUAAUGAA